AUGCAACCACUGGUCAACGAACACGUGCUCAUCCGCGGUACGCGAAUCGCCUAUGGCAUCUACGGAGAACGAACCGGAGAACCCGUCGUCUUACUACACGGGACACCGUCCAGCUCUCUCAUCUGGCGAAACGUCAUGCCUCAUUUGACAAACGCCCACUACAGAGUCCAUGUCUUCGACUGGCUUGGCUACGGGCUCUCCGAGCGCCCCUGGGAUCCAUCCAUCGAUACCUCGAUUUCGGGCCAGGUGCCGAUUCUGGAGCAACUACUGGCGCACUGGGGCCUGGAAUCAACCCAUCUCGUAGCCCAUGACAUUGGCGGAGGGAUCGCUCAGCGCUUUGCCAUUUUCUCGCCGCAGAGGGUUCGUUCCUUGACACUUGUGGAUGUAGUCAGUUUCGACAGUUAUCCGUCUGCGAGAACUAAGAAGCAGAUGGAGAACGGGCUGGAGGCCCUGAUUCGGGCGCCUGAUGAGAAACAUCGCGAGCAUUACAGGGACUGGUUGCUCUCCGCUGUGCAGAAGCGGGAGCAAUUCGAGAGGUCAAGCCUCGAGACCUUCCUCGGCUAUAUUUCUGGCCCCGUCGGGCAGGCGAGUCUCUACCAGCAUCAGGUCCGGUUCUAUGAUCCCAAGCAUACGCUGGAAAUUGCCGACCGGUUGGGUGAGCUGGGGAAAUUGCCUGUUAAGCUGAUCUGGGGUGCAAAUGACGGGUGGCAGGUUCCUGACUGGGCGCAUAAAUUGCAUGAAUCUAUUCCUGGCUCACAGGUGGAAAUUAUCGAGGAUAGCGGACACUUUUCUCCGGAGGAUCAGCCAGAAAAGCUUGCAGAGUUACUGGUCACCUUUCUGAAGGAGCAUUGA